AUGCCAAUCAACGUGGGUGGUCUGAGCUGCGCGUGAAAUUAAAACGUGCGAUGAAGCGCAUUUGACCCAUUUGCCUUGAUUCAAAAAAGUGAUUGUUUUUUCUGGGUACGCAUUUUUUUUUAUGAGAAUUAUGCCGUGUUCGAAGUGAUUCCGCUAAAUUCAAGCACUCAUUGGAAAAAAAGAUAACCAAGUUUUGGAGAGGCAGAGAUGAUUUUGAAUUUCGCGGAAAUUAAUUUGUCAUAAUUUUCUUGUAAUUGACUUUUGUGACGAAUUUCGCUUUGAAAGUUUUCGGAUAUUUUUUACAUUCUUCUGUUUUUUUCAUGAACACUUAAUAUUAUGGAUUAGUCAUACAUAUGUCAGAACUUUAUCCCUACUUAAAAAAACAUUCUUUUUAAAAAUAUUUUUUUCUUCAAAAAAAUUCAUCAACUCUUUAAUUUUUAUUUAUCUCAUCAUUAAAGUCUAAAAUAAAGCGAGAAAAAAUUUUUGAAUUCUUAAUUUAAUAGAGGAAGCGAUAUGGCAGCGAGAGCUUGACGAUUCCGCAGCGACAUGUUGACGAGGUCGCAGCAAGAAGCCUUGACCAUAUCGCUUGCGGCAUGCUGCGAUAUAGUCAUUUAAUUUGGGUAUGUGCGUCAGAUGAUGCAUUUUUCACACGCAAAAUUAGAACUUUCUUUUUCGUAAAGGGCUCGGCUCUCGGUGAACCUGACGCGCUCCGGACGUUUCUCAGCAUUUCGAGGUGUCACAAAGCGCUGAACUCGCUGAAGGGAUCACUAGAAACGCUCAGAAACAUCCGCGGUCAGGUCUGUGCGGUUGACCGUGCUUUGGGCGUCAUUUCUGAGAAAGAGCCUGCGCAGGCUUGAGCCAGGCCAGGCUUUGAAUAAAAAAAAAAAAUUAAUUUUGAUCAAAAAUUUUUUAACUAAAAAUAAUUUUCACUUGUAAAAUCAUAGAUUCUGUUGAACUGCGAGGGAAAAAAUGAACAAAAUUAUGACUUUUGCCGUAAAAAUUCUUGAUAUUCGACUUGAACGAAGGUUGAGCUUUUUGGUCAGAGCCAUUUAUGCUUGAGGCCUCCUUUAGGCCGGGCAGGACUUAAAAAAGGGUCGGAGCCCGAUAGGCUGGCGGGCCGACCCUCGUACAAGCCUGACCGAGGUCCGAGUCAGACAGUUCUCAAUGGAGCAAGCUUUGCUAUACGCGUAAAAGUUUUGCGAGAAAGAAACAUAAAUCCAGUAUUCAAUUAAAGAUAACAUUACAUAAAUAUUUUUUUAUAUAUCUUGCUGUGAUUUUCGAAAAAAAAAGAACUAGCAAAAUUUUUACGUCAUCUACUGAAGUUAUGAAGUGUCCCGCUCAGAUUAUACGACUUUGAAAAACAUUAGCAAACUAUCCCGUUGAAAAAUUCGUGUUCUGAAUAUUCUUUUUUUUGUAAAAAUGUGGAACUAUCGCAAAAUCACUUGUUAAUGUCGUUUCGUUUUCAGCGAACUUUACUAGGAACCUCUAUUGGCAAAUAUAUUUUUCAUUCUGGAGGAAUGAUAGGAUAUCCUAUCGUGUUCCGUUGUUGCGAGUGCACUGUAGAAGAACGUGAGUUUCCUUUUCGAAAAAAUUCGGAAAUUGGAAUGGUUUUCAGCGAAUUUGGAACAUCUUGAAAGUCACAUUUGGAGCCGACAUGUGAAAAAAUUCCCGUUCAAUUGCGCAUUGUGUGAUUAUCCGGCCAUGAACUACGACUCUCUCGCACAUCACUUCGCAACUCAACAUCCGUUCAACGUGGUUAACUAAUUUUUUUUUAAAAUUAAUUUUCAAAACUUCAAAGUUAAAUUCUCUAUGUAUCAAAAUAACAUUUGCAGAACAUCGAGUUCAAACGGAGAAUAGAAGACGAGAAAAGGUUACGAGAGAUGAUUGCCGAAUCGAUUACCGUGCAAAUUUUCGAAGGAGAAGAUGUUCAUUCCGAAGAGCCACCGUUCUAUCCAGAUGUAAGUUGCGACAUUAAGAUCGAAAAUUUUAGCCUCUGAAACUGUAGGAUCUCCAAAUUCAUCAGUUAAAAUUAAUCAAAACGUUUAUAUGUUUGAAAAAAUGUACUGUAAAAUUUUUUCAGACAGGAGAAGACAAUGUUGCAAGUGAAUGUGCAAUCCACAUUGACGCCCCGAACGUAAGUAUUCAUUGAAGUUAAUUUUUUUCUAAAUUAAUUUUUUUCUGGUUUAGGAUGUCGGAAUGUCUCCCAGGAAUUUUUCGCCUAUAGUAAUGAUGCCGACGGACUGUGGCCAGUACAAGUUGAGUUUCUCUUUUUUCGAAAGUUUUCUCUAUCAAACAUAAAAUAUCAAAAACGAUUAUUGCUGUGAAAUCAUGAAUGAAGGCAUUUUUAUUUUUCGCUCACGGACAGGUUCUGUGGCGUGUAGAAGAGUUGCACUCAAGAGAUUUGCAUAAGAAAAAUCAAGUGGAAUUUUUUGGAAGGUACAACUUUUUUUUAAUGGUAGAGUAUCUAGGAGUGUAUGGAAAAUUAUAAAAAUACCUUGAUUAAGUUUUGAAAACACUAAAAAAAUAGCAGUUUUUUCCGUAAACUUUUUUAACAGAUAAAGUCCAAACGACCUCAAAAAGGCCUCAAAAAGUAGAGCCUAAAGCUCUUUUUGGAUUCCUGAAAAGGAGUGUCUCGGAAUCUUUUUUUUUCCUCCUCCUUUUUUUCAACCUCCUUAAAAGGUCCUUUUUCAAAAAAAGGGAUUUUGAGGCCUUUAAUAGACCUUUUAGACCUUGCCCGUCCUUGAAAAAAAAAAACUUCUUUUUCAAAAAUUUUGAAAAAUUCCGCAAUAUUCUUCCGUUCAACUCUGGCGUGUAGGGAGAGAACCAGGAAAUCAUGAAAUCAAUUUAGUUUUUGUUGUUCUUUUUAGGAAAUCGUUGAGGCUGAGGAACAUGUUAAUCAGUUUUCGCUAAUAGAAGAUGAUCUACUCGAAGAGGAACAGGAAGAAGAAGAGGAAGAGGAAGAAGAUAUUGAGCAGGAUGAAAGCAUAGAAUACGUCGACGAAGAAGGCAAUCCCGUGUACAUUGAGCAUGACCUUUGCGACGAAGACUAUGUCAGAAUCUAUUAAGAAAUAAGAUGGUGAAGAAUUUUUCAGUCGAAUCAUCAGGUGCGAGUACUACGGAACCGUCGGCUACAGAAGACGAUAAACAACGUGGCCCUUGGAGACGUUCCUGGGACCUCCAAAAAUACAUUGUAUUUAUCCCUUGACGAUACGGAUGCGAAGUCGAAGAAACGAGAUGAACGUUACAGCUUCGCCUGCGACGUUUGCGGCAAAAUGAUCAAGGUUUUCUUUCCGAUUUCACGCAAAAAUUGGAACUGCGUUCGCACAUUACAGCUUUUGCUUUUUCAACCAUUUUUGCAAACUUGUCGAAGAGAUCUUUUCCAUUUUUGGUCGCGUCAUUUUUAAAAAACAUGCAUGAAAACAAAAGAAAAUAUAAUAAUCUAUGAGAAAACUCUGUAGCGCGAAAAGACGGCGUCCGUCUGUGUUUACUAGAGAAAGUUUUUACUAUUUUAAGCUUUGAAGCGUCUCAAAUCAAAAACCAAUCUAUGGCGAGGAAAAAUCGUAGUACUUCUGACCAAACAUCUUCCAGUUUUUGAGAGAACUAAGAAGAAAAGCGACUGAUUUGAAAAAAGAAAAGCCUUGCGAACACUAUCAAGCCUUUUUUCAGUACUAUUCGAAACUGAUUGAACACAAACGGUCUCACGACGGCGAGCGCCCUUUCGCUUGCAUGUACUGUCCUGCUAGAUUCACUCAGAACGGCGCUCUAAAAUGUCAUAUUCGAUUACAUACCGGUACAUUCUUUUUCAACUUAUAUCCAUAUAUUCAUCUCACAUCGCCCCGAUUUCUGUGAUAUUUCAAGGCGAGCGACCUUACCCAUGCACAUGGGAGUGUGGAAAGUCAUUUGCUUCCUCUUCUGCGCGAGCUUUACACGAAAAAACGCACAGGUUAUUUUUUUGAAAAAUUUUUUUCUCUUUUUCCUUUUCAGUGGCGAACGGUCUUUCAUGUGCGUUUUUAUGCGGGAAAGCUUUCACGAAAAAAAUUCUCACUGCAAUCGGCAUCUCAAGGUUCGUAUCAUCCUUUACUUCUUGAGAUGAUUUUUUUGGAAAGAAAAAUGUUUUUAAACUAGAUAGACUUGGCUCAAGACUUAUUAUAAAGUAUCUUUUUAGUGAGCUUUUAUUCCUAUGCAAAGUCAAGCGGAGUUUUCGAAUAUCAGAGGCUCCACUUUCAAGGAAAAAUCAGUUUUUGCCAGCUUUUCUAGCUCAGGUUCUUUGAAGUUCAUAGAAAUUUCAGAUACGUUCAAAAAGUUGAAAAGCUUGUAAAAAACGUUCAGAGGAUGUCUUUUUUGUAUUUCCGAGUUUCUACAUUUUUCGCUCGUUUUCUGACUUGCCGGAAUAUAAAAAAGUUUUUUUGUCAAUUCAGUGAUGCCUUACAGAAGAGGUUUUCUGUUUCAUAAGAGUGGAAUGUCUCUAAAUUGGCUGAUGAAUUAACUUUCAUUUUAGAGAAACUAUUUUCUUGAUGUAUCAAUAUGAACAUGACCAAGUUUGAAAAAAAAAAACUGGGUCUUUGAAGUUUAUAUCUUUUUAGAAAACAUAUUUUUUAAUAGCCAAAAACAUGAAGAAAGUUCUUCAAGCACGUUAAGAUCAAUGUUUUUUGUCAAUUUUGAGAAGAUUUCUUCUUAUAAUUUUCCAGACUGUUCUAUUUUCAGAACGUGCACGCUCGAGAAAUAGCGAUAGGUCGAAUAAACAUUCCGAUAGGGCUGGAAGCCGUGGGCGACGGCUGCUCAGACCGCCUCCGUGAGCUCGUCAACUCCGUCAUAGGUCCCGAAGAAUCCCCACAGACUUCCGAAUCCAACUUUCAGAUGAUGUACGAGAAGACCGUCAGGCGCGGGAAAACGAGAACGUCGUCUUCAACGGUAGGAAAUCCUACUUCAUUUUAUUUAUUUUCCACCGUCGCCCAGAUUCUUUCUUGAAUUAUUCACUAGUCGCACCGCGUUCCGAAUUUAUUUUGGAUGAUAAAUGCGUGAAGAGUAGGAUAAAUAGAUUUUUUUUUUCGAUUCGGAAUCCCUUUAGAAAAUUUUGGUUUUUUUUUUUGGAAAUGAUGAUGAAAAUUGACUUGCAGGAGGUGUUUCCUGAAAUUUCCCCGCGUCGUCUACACUUGAACGGUCCAGAUUUCUAUGUCCUUUUCAUCGAUUUCUGAAAUGGAAAAAUAAUAAACGUUUGCCAUUCUUUUUACACUACAUGUUUAGGCAGAGGUUUUUCUGAAUGCAGAGAAAGAAAAUCAUCAAAUUUCACUGGGAAAAAGAUCCCUUUUUAAAGAAACUUCGAUUUCAUUAAAUCGCACUGGAAGACUGCAAUCUUGAGCUUCCUUUUCCUGGGCAAUGGAAACUUGCUCGAUGAUUCGAAAAAGAAAAUAAUGAAUGAUCUCAAAGUUUAUUCACCGUGUGCUCGCUGACUAGGAGACAGGUUGAGAUGUACUUCGCAGAGCUUUUUUCGUAGGUUCUGUUCUGAAAGUCGUCAGAAAGAAAAAUAUCUGUCAAACACGAUUGAGCUUUGAGAAAAACCUGGUGUCAAACAUGUGCUGGAAAAACUCGAAAACUAUUACUUAUCAGACGAAUUUCAUUUCUGAACAACACGAAAAAAAUUUCGGAAAAGAUAGUUUUCAACGUUUUUGCAGCACUCAUUUUUCCCAUUUCCCUAACGAAAAACGUCGUUUCACUUUUUUUUUUUGGGAUUUGCUUGAAAAUUGACCAGGACACUCCUGGAUGUACCAGAUGAAGGUAAUGAAAAGCCUAAACCUGCAAAACACUCUAGUUUUUGAAUGAUGAGGACACAAAGUACCCUGGAAAUCGUCGAAACUGACAAACCUAGAAAGUUUGUAGUUUCAACGAAGAUCAAAGAUCCGACCAUUGUCGAAACCCAGCCCGCGGCGCCUUCUUCCGUGCCUGAGGCAAAUGACAUGGAACAAUAG